AUGGCUCAUCGGUUCACAUUUCUUUGGGCGUUUUUGAUUCUGCUGAUGCGAUGUAGCGAAGGUUCUAUUCAAGAUAAAUGCGCUGUAACAUACUGUGUGGGUGAAGCCUACGUGUGUAUAAACGAUGAGUGCUAUUGUGCCGAAGGAUAUAUCCCCAACCACUUCCAGACUCGUUGCGUAAGAUGUCCAGGUUUGGGCGAGAAGUGUUUUGGUUCAUGCUGUAACCAAUACGGUAAUGGCAGCCUCCAAUGCAGGCAAGGCAUCUGUCAACCGUGUUAUGAUUCCUUUGGCAACUGGAUAUGUCGUGAUUCUUUGGACCAAAUGCUUCUGGUUUCAAGCACACAAAUAAUUAUGGCAGCCGCUCUAAUAUUGGGAAUAAUUACUACUUUGAUUCUGUUGUAUCGACUUUGUGCUGCUACUGCAAACUUACAGCCCUUGGGGAGUCGUCAAAAUUACGACAGUCGUCUUUCUAUCGGAAGCUUACAGAUAUACGUCGAGGAAAGGUUAAGAGAUGCCCCGCCGAGAUAUUCUAGAACGGCACCAGCUGGAUCCGCCGUCUACCCAGCGACUGCGUAUCUCAAUGCUGGUUUUACACACGAUAGCAGCGUGCCGCCACCGCCCUACACUCCAAGCACGAAAACAUGCGAUAUUCAUGUCCCUACAAUACACAUU